AUGAUAGAUGUUGGAACCAACGGCAGAGCCAAUGAUUCUGCUGCAUUCAAUGCAUCAGAAGUUGGUGAUGCAAUAAAGGAAAAUUUACUAAAUUUUCCGGAAAAUGGCACUCUUCCCGGAUCUAAUAUAAAGGUACCCUAUGUGUUUGUAUCGGAUGAUGCAUUUCGUUUGACAUCUAUGAUUUUAAAACCAUACAGCCAAAGACAGUUGCAGGAGAAUAAAAUUUUCAACUACCGUUUAUCAAGGGCAAGACGUGUAGUUGAAAACGCCUUUGGAAUCCUAUCCAACAGAUUUCAAUUGUUUCAACGUGAAAUAAAUUUGUCUGUUGAAAAAGUAGAGUUAUUAACAUUGGCUUGUUGUGCUCUUCAUAACUUUUUGUGCAGAGAAGGGGAAGAAGAGCCACAUUGGGAUAUUAUAAAUUUAACUGAAUUGGAAAAAUCUUCUGAUACUUCUACUGAUGUAAGUCAAUGUUUAGUGGAGACACACACCUCUUCAACGCUUAGUGAUGCCACCCAAAUGUUAGUCGCUAAGAAAUUUCGGGAACUGGCCGUUAAAAACCGUUUAGUUUAA